AUGGACAGCCAGCUGCUCCGACCCCAGCCGAUCUGGUACGACACCAGCUACCUGCCAGCACUGCCCGAGCCCAAGAACACGACCCCGAUCCCAGAGGAACAGGUCCAGCUGCUCAAGAGCCGCGGCGACCAUGUGCUCAGGACCAUCAGCGACCACUUCGCCAUCUCCAUCCAACCCGCCAAACACUCCGGCCUCAAACCCAAACCAGCUUCCUUCACCGGGCUCUCCGAGUCUGACAAGGCGUUCAUCCACCGCAUCCUCACCUCGGGUACCUCGACCGACAAGCUCUCCGCGCUCACCCUGCUCGUCUCCUCAACCCCGCUCCACUCCAGGAACCAUCUCUCAGCCCUGCUCAGCCUGGCCAAGAAGAAGAACCGCGAGGAGGCCGGCCGCACCCUCCGCUCGCUCGUCGAGUGGCUCAGAGGCCCCGGAAACCCACAGGCCGGCGGCCUCCCCGCGCGGAAGCUGAAGUACUUCAGAGACCAGCCCGGCCUGCCGGUCAUCGCCCAAGCCCACGGCCUAUCGAAGAGCCGGUGCAAGUUCAAGCCUGACGACGAGAGCCGCAAGGAACACGACGAGUGGCUGGCAACCUGGGCUUUCGAAGAUUGGCUCAAAAACUGGUAUCUCGAUCUGCUGCGGGCAUUCUCACAUGAUCCGAUCGUCAACACACGCUCUCAGAGCCUCACCCAUCUAUUCUAUCUGCUCAAGGACAAGCCAGAACAGGAGCAGAACCUGCUCACUCUACUGGUCAACAAACUCGGCGAUAGCAGCAAACUGAUCUGUUCCAGAUCAUCACACUAUCUGCUCCAAUUACUCCAAGUUCAUCCUUUCAUCAAACCGAUCGUCGCCAGAGAAAUAUCUGCCCUAGUCCUCAAGCCGAUCAUCCAGCCCUCCACUAAAGCCGCCGACAAAAAGAGUAACAACGACAAGAAGGCUUCAGACGACCCCAGCCUUCGUCAUCACGACCAUGCUCGCUACUACGGUACGAUCACCCUCAACCAGAUCCCACUCACCAAGGGAGAGCACGAUGUCUCGAACAAGCUCAUCCAUCUCUACUUCGAGCUCUUCAACGACCUCUUGGGCAAGGCUAAAGUCGAAGAAGAAGAGAAAGCACCAGAAGAUCUGAACGAGAAGAACGAAGAGGACCUCGAGGCUGAGCAUCUCGAAGAGCAACAACUAGCCCAGAAACAUGCCAAGGGUCGCAGCAAGAAGAAAGCUGGGAACCCAAGGCCGAUGUCCGCCAAGUCAACCAAGGCGAUCGCUGAAGAGGAAGCCCUUGCAGAAAAAAAAGCAAAGCUGGUCGCAGCCAUCCUAACCGGCUUGAAUCGUGCAUUCCCAUACGGAUCGAUCGAGAGUAACAUCCUCAAAGGGUACAUGGACACCCUCUUUCGAAUCACGCACACCGGUGCAUUUAGUGUCUCUAUCCAAGCCUUGAUCCUAGUUCAGCACCUCUUGAAGUCUAAACCGGAUCUCACCGACAGAUUCUACAGAGUGCUCUAUGGCACCCUCAUCGACUAUCGCUUGCUGACUGCGCCAUCCAAGCACGGCCUCUAUCUAAACCUACUCUUCAAGUCCAUCAAAGCUGAUCCCAACCACUCUCGCGUCUUGAGCUUCGUCAAACGAGUCGUCCAGAUCCUUCCUUACCAUCAACCGCCGUUCAUCUGUUCGGCUAUCGUCCUACUCGGCCAUCUAUUCUCAACAAAUACCAAGUGCAGUCAACUCUUCUCCAAACGUCCCGAAACGGAAGAAUUAGCUGAAAGAGAUCAGUAUGAUGGCCGGAAACGCGAUCCGAGCUACGCUAAUGCCGACAAGUCUUGCCUUUGGGAACUGGUGCCUUUAUUGAGCCAUUACCAUCCGGCUGUUAGUCUGAACGCAAGCCAACUCUUAUCCGGGGAGCCCAUCUCAUCCUCGGUCGACUUGACUCACCACACACUCUCGACCUUCCUCGAUAAAUUUGUCUACCGUCAGCCCAAGAAGAACGUCACCCAAAAGGGCUCUUCCAUCAUGCAGCCCGAUCUCCAUUACCGCCUCGCCGACGUCGUCAAACGUCGCGCUAACACUCAGACCUCCUCUCUCGAUCAAAAAAUUCCCGUGAAUUCUAAGAGUUUCUUGUGUCGUAAGGAGGAAGAAAUUCCCGCUGAUGAGGUAUUCUUCCACAAAUUCUUCAAGAAGAAGGAGAUCAACGAGCAGAAACACCAGAAGCAGAAAGAGCAACAAAAGUCGAAGAAAUCAAUCACGGAGGACAACGAUUUUGGAGGGAAAGGUGGGUCGGACGAUGGGUCAUCAGAGGAAGAGGAAGAGGAAGGCUCAGUCCUUCCCGGAUACGAUGACGACGAGGAGGAUGGAUCGGGGGAGGAGAACAACGAGGAUGAGGUAUGGGCGGCGAUGAAGUCGUCGAUGGGCAAGGAGCUGAAAGCGGCGAUGCCGGACGAUGAUGGGUCGGAGGACGACUGGUCGGGGAUGGACCCGGCAGAGUUCCAAGACAGCGAUGGGGACUCAGAGGAGGACGGCAAGCUGAAGCAGCUCCUGGCCGACGAAGAAGACGACGAGGUGUCGUCGUCAUUCGAGAACGAGGAGAUCAGCAAAUCAGACCAAGGACCGGCCGCUAAGAAACGGAAAACGUGGAAAACUUUGCCCACGUUCGCCUCUGCUGAUGAUUACCAGCAUCUCUUGUCUGAAAAUGAGUCUUUGCAUUAG